UUCAUCUUUAUUACAUCAACUCAGCCCCUAAAAUAAUUGAAAAAAGAUAUGCAAAGAAAAUCGGAAUUUAGCAUAGAAAAUGACAGUCAAGCACGGAGAGCAGAGAGAGAAGGAAGAAGAAGCAUUAGCGAAGGAAGAGAUAGGGAGAGAGAUAGAGAGGAAGAAGAGGAAAACAGGGGAGGGAAAGUUUUUUCUCUUUUGUCUGGGUAAUGUAGGGGAACAUAGGGGCAAGCGAAAAAUUCAUACCCUUGUUUGGUCUCUGAGAAACUCAACAUCCUCCACUUAUCCAGAAAAAAAUCCCCCACCUUCCCUUCUUCUGUAAUUUUUUUCCUCUUUGUGGGAAUUUCAGGUUUUCUUUUCUACCCCCUGUUUUUUUGCUGUUUUUUUCCCUAUACCUUGCAUCUAUCUGAGUCUCUCUCCGGCAACUUUUUCGCCGGCCAACUGGCCGGAACUUCAACCGAUCUGUGUUUCUACCUAUUGGGUAUGGAGGAAAUGGUUUGAAGUUUCCUGGGUCAGGUGGGUUUGAAGUAAAGUUGCAGACUUUAAUGAAGAGUAGCUUUUGAAUCAGCUAAAGAAAAGGGAGCUAUGGGGAGGUGAAUAUACUCCGGAUCAGCUUCAUUUUACUCCGCGAAUCAGUCCCGGAAAGAAGGGGGUAAAGAAGAAAAAAGUAGAAGGCAAUGAAAACGCCGGUGAACGGCGCCGGAGCCGCCGUUCCCUCCUCCGCCGCCGCCACUACCACAGCUAAUCCAGCUGAAACAGGGUCAGCAGAGAAGAAGACCAUAAACGUGGAGCUAUGGCAAGCUUGUGCUGGACCUCUGGUGAACUUGCCAGCCGCAGGCACCCAUGUCGUUUACUUCCCUCAAGGCCACAGCGAACAGGUUGCGGCAUCUAUGAAGAAGGAUGUGGAUGGUCAAAUUCCAAACUACCCCAAUCUCCCUUCCAAGCUGCUAUGUCUCCUUCACAAUGUUACAUUGCAUGCGGACCCGGAAACAGAUGAAGUUUAUGCCCAGAUGACCCUCCAACCUGUUCCUUCUUAUGACAAGGAAGCAUUACUGAGAUCAGACAUUGCACUUAGGUCAAACAAGCCACAACCAGAGUUCUUCUGUAAAACAUUAACAGCAAGUGAUACUAGCACUCAUGGAGGCUUCUCUGUGCCUCGUCGAGCGGCUGAGAAGAUUUUCCCACCGCUUGAUUUCUCCAUGCAACCACCUGCUCAAGAAAUUGUGGCCAGGGAUCUACAUGAUAAUGUUUGGACUUUCAGACAUAUCUACCGUGGACAACCAAAGCGUCACUUGCUUACGACAGGCUGGAGCCUCUUUGUAAGUGGAAAGAGGCUUCUGGCUGGUGACUCAGUCUUGUUUAUUAGAGAUGAAAAGCAGCAGCUUCUCUUGGGCAUCAGACGGGCUAACCGGCAACCUACCAAUCUGUCCUCAUCAGUUUUAUCAAGUGACAGCAUGCACAUUGGCAUCCUUGCUGCUGCAGCACAUGCAGCGGCUAACAAUAGUCCCUUUACUGUGUUCUACAACCCAAGGGCUAGCCCAUCAGAAUUUGUUAUUCCAUUAGCCAAAUACUACAAGGCUGUCUAUGGCAACCAAGUGUCACUUGGCAUGCGCUUUCGGAUGAUGUUUGAAACUGAGGAAUCUGGAACAAGAAGGUACAUGGGUACCAUUACCGGGAUUAGUGAUCUUGAUCCUGUAAGAUGGAAGAACUCACAGUGGCGUAACUUGCAGGUUGGAUGGGAUGAGUCAACUGCAGGGGAGAGGCGCAAUCGUUUUUCGGUUUGGGAGAUUGAACCUGUCACUGCUCCAUUUUUCAUAUGCCCCCCUCCUUAUUUUAGAUCCAAGCGUCCAAGACAACCGGGAAUGCCAGAUGACGACUCUUCUGAUUUAGAUGGCAUAUUCAAGAGGAGCAUGCCGUGGCUUGGCGAUGAUAUCUUGAACGAUCCCCAGAGUCUCCCUGGCCUAAGCUUAGUUCAAUGGAUGAACAUGCAACAAAACCCAUCACUAGCUAAUUCUAUGCAGCAAAAUUACAUGCAGUCCUUGCCAGGUUCUGUUCUUCCAAACCUUGGUGCAGCUGACAUUUCUCGACAGUUAGGUUCGUCAGCAGCCUCUCAAAUUCUUCAGCCAAACAACUUCCAGUUGACUUCUCCAAGGCUACCUCAGCAGGGUCAACAGCUUGACCAUCAGCUCACUAAAAUGCCACCCUCAAGCAUCAACCCAUUGGCCUCAGUUAUGCAACCACAACAGCAGCAGGUUGCUGAUGGGACUCAACAACCUAGGGCAGUUUUGAGUCAAGCUCAGUCCCAGGUUCUCCAACCUCAGUCCCAGGUUCUCCAACCUCAGUCUAUGGUCCAGGCCAAUGGUAUUUUACAGCAGCAGCAGCCUAUUCAAACUCAUCAUCAGCUAGUUAGAAAUUCCUCUCCUAGUUUUCAGCAGCAAACUCAAAUGCAACAUGUUUUUGGUCAAAACCAACAGCAAGGCCUCUUCAUGCCAAACCAGUUGUCUAACCAAGUUAACCAGCAUUUCCAAGUAUCUGAAAAUCAGAUCCAGCUUCAGCUACUGCAAAAGCUUCAGCAGCAGCAGCAGCAGUCACUCUUAGCUCAGCAGCAGCAGCAGCAGCCAUCACCGUUGGCUCCCCAGACUCAGUUGCAAGACCCACAAAGACAAUUAUCGGAUGUAUCCCAAAGCUUCUCGAGGUCUAUGAGCUCCAACCAAAUGUUGGAAAUGCCUCAAGCUUUGACCUCUUCACUCCCACAGCCUAGUACUGCUCAACAACAGAUGGCUAAAAGCAACAGCCAAGUGAAUGCUCGAUUUUCCCAUCUGCCACAUCAGCAGAAACUUCAGCACCAACAACCUGAAAUCCCUGGGCGUAUAUUGGGAGUAUCUCCUAGCUCAACAAUAAAUCAGCUCUCUACAGUUGGUGGUGGCAACAAUAUGUUGACAGCUGGAGUAGUAGGUCAAUCUGCUAUCACUGAUGAUGUGCCAUCUUGCUCUACUUCUCCUUCUACGAACAACUGCCCGAAUCUGGUUCAGCCAAUGAUGAACGGUUAUCGAAGCACUACAUUGGCUGAGGACAUCUCUCCAACUGCUGGCACACAACUUUUGAGUCCUAGUCCAUUAUUGGACACAAUGGCUAGUGCUAACCACCUUAUGAUGAAAGAAAUGCAGCAGCAGAGGUCUGAUGUUAAGCCAUCCCUUAACAUCUCCGCCAAGAAUCAAAACCAGGGAUUUUUCGCCCCUCACUCGUAUGUGAAUGGCACCACAACUACCCAGGCUGAUUAUUUAGACACUUCAUCUUCAACCUCAGUCUGCCUGUCUCAGAACGACGUGCAGCAGUUGCAGCAGAAUAACAACACAACGUCGUAUAAUUCACAGCCGAUGCAGAUGAGAGGAGAAGCAAGCUACAAUGGAGCAGAACUUCCCCUGGCUGAUCACAGGAAUAGUAACGUCCCAUAUGGGAUCGGCAUUGAUGAUAGGCAAGGCCAGCUGGGCGGCAUGCACGUGAGUUCUGAUAAUUUGUUAUCGAAGUCCAUGGUAGGACUGGAGAAAGAUUUCUCAAACAAUCUCCCUGCUUCUGGGGGUGUGCUUGCUAACUGUGCAAUUUCUAACUCGAAAGAUCCUCAGCCGGAACUCUCAUCAUCGAUUGUGUCUCAAUCAUUUGGAGUUCCGGAUUUGGCUUUCAACUCAAUUGACUCCGCGAUUAAUGAUAGCAGCUUCUUGAAUGGAAACUCUUGGGCCCCUCAACCCCAGUUUCAGCGGAUGAGGACUUAUACUAAGGUGUAUAAACGAGGAGCCGUGGGGAGGUCAAUUGAUAUAACCCGUUAUUCAGAUUACGACGAGCUCAAGCACGAUUUGGCACGUCGGUUUGGGAUAGAGGGUCAGUUGGAAGAUCGUGGGAGGGUAGGAUGGAAGCUUGUUUAUGUGGAUCAUGAGAAUGAUGUCCUGCUAGUGGGGGAUGAUCCUUGGGAAGAGUUUGUGAACUGCGUCCGAUGCAUCAAGAUUCUGUCACCACAAGAAGUGCAGCAGAUGAGCUUGGAUGGGGAUUUUGGCAACUCUGUCCUUCCGAAUCAAGCCUGCAGCAGCUCAGACAAUGGCAACGCAUGAUGAAAACAGCAGCGAAGGGGGUAGUCUUUUUUAUGCUCAUUCCAUCGAGUGCUAACAAUAUUCUUGUUCCAUGCAUGCUUGGAAUCCUUAGUAGGGAACAUUCUGUUCAUAUUUGGCUAGCUUUCUUCUUUCGGUCCAUAGUCCCACGCCAACCCCCCUGCUGCACCGGUCAACUGGACGUUUCGCUGACAGAGCUAGCUCGAGCUCCGAGCUCGAACGACUGUAAGAAAUUUUUGUUCCAGGCAGAGUUAAGAGCUUGGAGAUAAUAAAUAAUGUAGCUUUCCCCAGUCAGUGAAGAAUCCAGUUUUGGGCGGUAUGGAUUGUGGUAAUAGAAAGGUUCUUGCUACGGUUAAGGGAUUAGUAUGUAUCUUCACGUCCUGAUAUUUUUCACCCCUUUUGUCCAUUGUAGAGAAAGAGGAAUCAUCCAUGAUAUUAGUGUCCAGCUAUUUGAGUGUAUCAAAUGUGCAGUAUUAUUGUUCUUCCGAGUUCCUACGUUAAAAGUGAAAUGAAUUCAUUUGUAAUGCAUCUCGACUGUGUUUCUCGCUGGUU